AUGAUUUCUGAAUUGGUGAGCGAGAAGGACAAUAAGGACGCGUCUGAAUGGGUGGAACGCUUUGGGUCGACGGAGAAGAGGAUACCAAAGGAACUUGUGGAACUUUCUUUCUCCAGAAGUUCAGGGCCAGGAGGACAGAACGUGAAUAAAGUGAACACAAAAGCUACAGUUCGCUGUUCAAUCAACGAUUACUGGAUUCCCCGUUGGGCUAUACCAGCAUUGAAGAAAAAUCCGCACUAUGUCGAAUCCACAAAGUCCCUACUCGUCACUUCCACGGUGCAUCGCUCGCAACUCCAGAAUGUAGAGGAAUGUCUGCGAAAACUACACUCCGUGAUCCUCUCAGCCGCUUCUAGUGCCAUCCAGAAAGGCCCGUCUGAAGCGCAAGUUAAGAAAGUUGAGGGACUUGUGAAAGCGGAGAAGGCUCGACGCAAGAUGGAUAAAAUGAAACGGAGCAGUGUCAAGCAAUCAAGGAGUGGGCGAGGUGGAUUCGAUUUCUAA